CAGCGUGGUCGAGAUGGCGCAGCUGUACCUGACGGACGCGCCCAAGAGCCCGGGCUCCUCGUCGGGCUCGGGCCUGAGCGUGCUGCGCACCUUCCGCCUGCUGCGCAUCCUCAAGCUGGUGCGCUUCAUGCCCAACCUGCGCAGGCAGCUCUUCGUCAUGCUGCGCACCAUGGACAACGUGGCCGUCUUCUUCUCGCUGCUCAUCCUCUUCAUCUUCAUAUUCAGAAAUAGUUUGUAUGAUAAAAAAGCAGUAUAUCUUUCAAUAGAAUUAUGUGAUGAACACAAAGAGACCAGGCGAAACUUCGAGGUUCGACAACGGGGAGGUGCAAGGAUGUACCUGUUUGGCGGUAAGUUUUGCAUGCUCUCUGACGGCACCCGGCGCUGCGACUGCCGCGAGAUCGUGGAACGAGAUCCACGCUGUGUGUGCGACCGCAAGCACUUUAACAAUAUCCUGUGGGCCACCGUCACAGUCUUCCAGACUUAA